GUUUAGUUUGAAUCGUAUGUUUGCUGGGUUUUCUUCAAAAAAUUCUCAACAUUCUUGUGUUACAUUUCAGGGCGUAGGAAAAGAGAAUAUAAAUGUUUAUUCUGGUCGCAUCACCCGCCUUGAAGAGGAAAAUAAGUGUUUAAAACAGGAGAAGAAAGACGUGGAAUCUGAAAUGUGGAAGACGCAAGAGGGCUUGCGUGACGAGAUCCGCAGACUGGAAUAUGAGAUUAAAUCAACGAGCAAGAAGAUGCGUGAUGCCGAGACAAAAUAUGUGAAUCUUGCAGCAACACCACCCAAAGUUCAAGUACGUACUGUGCAAGUUGUUUCAGAGGAGAUGAAAAGAAAGUUAGAGGAAACUGCAGAGCAAAACAGGAAACAGGAAUAUUUACUGGAACAAAUAAAAAAGGAGCAUAGCGCAAAAGUGGCACAACAUCGAAAACUGGAAGAUGUGUUGGAACAAACGAAGAUGGAGCAUAGUUCAAAGGUGGGUAUGCAGGGGAAUUAAGCCUGUAUCGGGUAGGUCCGUCAAUAGAGUGCCAACUGCCAACCAAACAACUUACAGUUUCCUAAAUAAAUUGGUCAGCAACUACAGGUAUUUAUCAACUUCAACAAUUCAUCUACAACCAACAAUUUCAAGAAAUAUAAACAAAACGUACUCUGAAUGAGAAUGUUGCAUUCAUUCUGUUCGAAGUAAUUGUGUAAAUCAAUUUAUCAGACGAAAAGAUAAAAAUAUACAAUACACAGUAUUUUAUUUCGAACUUGUCACAACUACCUGAGUUACAAAAUGAAGUUAAUUAAUAACAGUAUUUCCAAUGACAAUAUUAUGACAACAUAAAGAAUGAAAAUAAACUCAAACAUAAUUCGGCUGAUUUGAUAAAUACAUACAUCACUGAUUUGGCUAUUUGAGUAUUACGAUCAUUAGUUUCGCAUUUUUUAUAGGUCAGAGAAUCGGAAUCGGAACAGUUCCGUUUGUUGGCGCAGAUGAAAACGGAACAUAACUCAAAGGUGGGUAUGUAAAGACGGCAACUCCUGGCAAUUCCCUUGUGUACUGCGCACGACUGUAUUUCUCUUUCAUCUUGACCAAACCCAGACUCCCCCCCCCCCCCAGGGCGACCUUAGCAGUGGUAGGAGGUAAUUGCCCUUCCAUAAGUUUUCUAAUCCUACUUAAUUCUGACUUAUGCCAUGAAGUAUUGAAACAGGCGAGCUACGCGGGAAGGGUCAACAUCCCCUUCACGCUUCACUCGUCAUUGCAAAUACUUAAUGCAAAGAGGAAAUCUAUCAUUCACGCCUUCCUUUUGCUUUUUUUUUUACACAAAACGGUGUCGAUGCUAAAUAAUAGACAUAUUUGGAAAAGACGACGAGGCAAACUUAAUGGAACGGUCUCAAUUUCGGUUCAAGAUUGAGAGCUAAAGAAUUAUUCAAACGUUAUGUUUUGCAUGAAGAAUUUCUUUGUUUCGGAAGGCGAGUCUUCCAGUUCGCGUCGUGUUUUCUAAACCAGUCAAUUCUCUCGGGCCUAAUCCUGCAUGGGUAUGCAUAUAGUCUACUUUCGUAGCAACUCGUUUCCUUGUAAUUGACUGGGAACUGGGGAAUGAGAAUCCGAUGCCUCUCUUGCUUGCAACCCUCGUCGACCCCGAUGCUCGUUUGUUCAUACAUGCAGGCCAAAAUUUGGACCAUUUAAGUGUUUACCAAUAUCAACAACAAACUAGCUGCAAUUCAUACAGUAGUAUCUAAGAUAGAUCGAUCUCACUGUUUGUAGAAAAGAUUUUCGUAUUUUUGUGACAGGUGAAAGAAUUAGAGACGGAAAUUUCUAGCGUGAAGGAGAAACAUCGACAAGAAAUUGAUCACAUUUUAAAUGAAAAACAAGAAGAGAUUGAGAAAGUAAAGUCAGAGGCUGAAAGAACAACUGGUGGUCUACGGAAGCUGUACCGAAGUUUGCAGGUAUAAAUAUUGACCAGUGCAUUGAUUCUAGUAGCAAGACGAUGUAGAGAUUUUGCCCUCUACCUUUGUUGUUUCGCAGAAUAGAAAAGAUGGCGGUAUUGUUGAACCUAUCAUAUUAAUCUAGGGAGGAUUGGGCUAGGUUGUUUUGAAGGAAUUUAGUUUCCGAAAUAUGUGUCGACUGGGAGUGGAUCAGAGUGAAAUUUUCUUAGAAGAACUUAGAUGUAUGAAUCGCCGACAACUUGUUUUCACGGGGGGUGUCACACCCCACUGUAUUAAAAAUAACUUUCAUAAUGUCAACAAGCUUACAAUGGUAUAAUGAUUUACUUUUCUUCUGUGCAGGAAAAUUGUCUCAGGCUGAUGAAAGAGUCGCGGGACCUUAAAAACCAUCAGCAGCUGUUAAAACUUGCUUGUUUGAAGUUUACAACUGCUCUAAAACCAACAUGCCGCGAAGUUCACAAACAGGUGAU